AGCCAGCACUCCCUUUAUAAUUCCCGUUCACCCCCCUCCGUUCUCCAGAUCUCACAUUCUGUACAUUCCUCUCCCUCUACCUUCUUCGCAGAUAAAUUAGGGUUAGGUUUAGGGUUUGGUUGCACUGACACCGCUCUAUAGCGGUGUGUUCUUCUCAAUCGGAGCAAGAGAGGGAUUUACAGAUCUAUCGAUCUACGAUUCUGAGUCUGCCGGAAGAAGAUCGAUGGGUCGCGAGGGGUCACCGGGCUCCAUCGCAAGCGAGAGCGUGGUGAAGAAGGUACUUCUCUCAUACUUCUAUGUCGGAAUAUGGAUCUUCCUCAGUUUUACCGUCAUCGUCUACAACAAAUACAUUCUCGAUCCUAAGAUGUAUAACUGGCCCUACCCUAUCUCUCUCACCAUGAUUCACAUGGCCUUUUGCUCCUCUCUUGCUGUAAUACUUGUCCGAGUUCUUCGUCUGGUUGACCUUCCAUCUUCCCCUACCAUGACACGGGAACUCUAUGUUUCCAGCGUUGUGCCGAUAGGGGCACUCUACGCUUUUUCACUCUGGUUCUCGAAUUCGGCAUAUAUAUACCUAUCCGUCUCUUUUAUUCAGAUGCUCAAAGCCCUGAUGCCUGUGGCUGUGUAUUCCAUCUCGAUUCUGUUUAACAAGGAGAGUUUCCGCAGCUCAACGAUGGCUAAUAUGCUCUCUAUUUCGUUUGGUGUUGCGAUCGCUGCCUAUGGUGAGGCUAGAUUUGAUGCAUGGGGGGUUUUGCUCCAGCUUGGCGCUGUUGCCUUUGAGGCGACCCGUCUUGUGCUGAUUCAGAUCCUCCUCACGUCCAAGGGAAUUACCCUGAACCCCAUCACCACUCUUUACUAUGUAUCUCCCUGUUGCCUUGUCUUCCUUACCCUUCCCUGGGCCAUCGUUGAGUUCCCCAUACUCCGCAACACCUCUUCUUUCCACCUUGACUUUCUUGUCUUCGGAACCAACUCCUUCUGCGCUUUUGCGCUCAAUCUCGCCGUCUUCCUGCUAGUUGGGAAGACUUCUGCUCUGACAAUGAACGUUGCCGGUGUUGUCAAGGACUGGCUUCUCAUCGCCUUCUCAUGGUCUGUGAUCCGUGACACCGUCACAUUUAUUAACCUCAUCGGCUACGGCAUCGCUUUCCUCGGAGUGGCUUACUAUAACCACAUCAAGCUGCAGGGGCUUAAGGCCAAGGAAGCUCAGAAGAAAACAGUACCCAAUGAUGAGGAGGCACGAAAUCUUAUUGAAGAGAAGGAAAGUGAGGACUUGGGGCGCAAGAAUGAGUCCCAGGUUUGAUCUCCAUGAUCAAGUUUGUAAUUUUGACGAGCUGUUGUUAGCGAUCCAUCCAUUGGUUCGGUUUGUGCCCCCUUCAAUCGAUCUAUAUCUUUAUUUAUGCCA